CGGCGCGUCCCGCCAGAAGAGCCGAGGCGUGUUUGGAGCAGCGGCGAGUGGUGUCACUGCGAGAGGCGCGGCUGCGGCAGAGCAACGCCUUGAGAGCGCGGAUCCGUCCGAUGGCUCUGAGCAUGGACAGCAGCCUCGACAGCCUGGAUCUGUCAUCUGGGUUAUUAAUUGAACUUUCUGAAAAUGGCACAGAUGAGAUUGGUUCAGGUGAUUAUGGAGACUACAAAGAGCCAUGCUAUCAAAAUGAGAAUGCCGAUUUUAACCGGAUCUUCUUGCCAACAAUCUACUCCAUCAUCUUUCUAACCGGAAUAAUUGGCAAUGGAUUGGUUAUUAUUGUUAUGGGCUACCAGAAGAAACAAAGAAGCAUGACUGAUAAAUACAGACUGCACCUCUCUGUGGCUGACCUCCUUUUUGUCAUCACCUUGCCAUUCUGGUCUGUGGAUGCAGCCAUAGGCUGGUACUUCGGGAAUGUUCUGUGCAAGGCAGUUCAUGUCAUUUACACAGUCAACCUCUAUAGCAGUGUCUUGAUUUUGGCCUUCAUAAGUUUAGAUCGUUACCUGGCAAUAGUCCACGCCACCAACAGCCAGCGCCCCCGAAAGCUGUUGGCUGAGAAGGUGGUGUAUGUAGGCGUGUGGCUGCCAGCUUUGCUUCUGACAGUGCCCGAUUUAAUCUUCGCCAGUACCAGUGAAAUAGAAAGAAAGUAUCUCUGUGAUCGCAUGUACCCUCAUGAAAACUGGCUGAUCUCCUUCAGAUUCCAGCAUAUCUUGGUAGGACUUGUCUUGCCUGGUCUAAUAAUUCUGACUUGCUACUGUAUUAUCAUAUCCAAGCUGUCACACUCCAAAGGCCACCAGAAGCGCAAAGCCUUGAAGACCACUGUUAUCCUCAUCCUUGCCUUCUUUGCCUGCUGGCUGCCAUAUUAUAUUGGCAUCAGCAUUGACACCUUCAUCUUGCUGGGAGUCAUCAGGCGCCGCUGCAGCUUGGAGACUAUAGUGCACAAAUGGAUCUCCAUUACAGAAGCCCUGGCAUUCUUCCACUGCUGCCUGAAUCCAAUUCUGUAUGCCUUCUUGGGGGCCAAGUUCAAAACAUCAGCUCAAAAUGCCUUGACAUCAGUUAGCAGAGGAUCAAGCCUCAAGAUUCUUUCAAAAGGCAAACGUGCAGGACAUUCUUCUGUUUCUACAGAGUCAGAGUCUUCAAGUUUCCAUUCCAGCUAACACUGCUCCUUGCCAUCAUUUUAUAAAAAGACACUUAAAAGCUGCGCAAGAUUUCAGACAAAUAAGACUGACCACAAUGUACAGAUUUAUUUACAGCUGGAAUUGUAUAUUGUUUCUUUUAGUCUCUGUGAAGUUUAAGUGACUUAUUUAUAUAAAAAAAACCUUUCGUAUUGAUGACAAACUGUCUAGGCAGGUCCUGUGGACAAGUGGUUGGUUCACAAAAGUUUUAGUGACUGUAUGUAUAGAUAUGUGAACUAAACACUUUGGAUUGUAGAAAAGUGACUGUUAAAAGUUUAGAAAAUAUUUCUCUGUUGUUGAUAUGUAAAUGUUUUUGGUGUUGCUGUUAUUCUUAAAAGUGUGCCUGAAUAUUUUUACCUUACUACAAGAUGUUUGGUUUACAAUAGCUUAACUCUGCUGUAGAAAUGGCACUUAUAACCAAAGCCUCCUCUGUUACAUGUUAGGGUUUUUCCCUCCAUUCUUAGUAAUUGAUGGUUUGCAAAAUUUUUUGUUCAAGGUAAAAUAAAAGUAUAUGAAAAAAAAACUUAUUUUGAGUGGUAUUUUUAUUUCUGGUUGAAUUUUUCUCAGUGCUUUUAUUUACAAUUCUAAAUACACAAUAAUGUCUUAGAAAAUCUUGUGAAAAGCAGGAAAAAUAGUUUCAGUAUGUACUGAUUAUUCAAUUGACACCUCUGAGUUCCAUGUCAUAUGUUUUUUCACUGGAAUACAAUUGCUCCAAUUAACAUUAUGUUUAAAAUUACUUAAACUGUCACUUAGAGAACUUUUUGAGGAAAAAUAUCUGCAAAUGAAAACCAGUGUGUUUAAGCAGUUGCUAAAGUUUACAGCCUCAGGAGCCAAACUCAGAUUACUGCAAGUGCCUAACCUUUAUGCCAUGUGUACAAAGUCAAUUCUACAUUUCUUCUGCCUUUGCUGUGGUUGUAAAUUUAGUUUCACAAGUUAACACUAAUCAAAUGUACAUGAAUCAAAGUCAUUUCUGACUAGAAAUAAAGUUAUUCUAAUAAAGUG